AUGUCAACAGGGGUCUGGUGGCAAGGUGCUUUACAGAGAAUGUUUGUUGUAGGUACCCAUGUGAACUUGGAGAAUUUCAAGCAUUUAUUCAUGGAGAAAUACUUUCCACGAGAUGUGAGGCAUAGGAAGCAAGUGGAAUUCCUUGAGUUGAAGCAAGAAGAGGAUUCUGUGGCUGAGUGUGUGACUAAGUUUAAAGACCUUGUUAGAUUCUGUCCCAUGUAUGAUGGUGUGGGUAAUGAAGAGGACAAGUGUGUGAAGUUUGUGAGUGGUCUUCACCUUGAGAUCAAACAAGUUUUCAAUUAUCAAGGGAUCACUCAAUUUCAUGAACUGGUAAACAAGUGUCAUGUCUAUCAUGAGGACAACUGUGCUAGAGUAACUCAUUAUAAAAGUGAAGGACCCAUGAAGAAUCAUAAUAAGUUUGGUUCAUCUAGUAAGGGUAAACCUUACACCAAGUUUGUUGGGGAUUCGAGUUCUAAAGUGAAUAACCAAGGUUUUGUGCAACAAAAGAGCCAAGCUCCAAUAGCUAGCCAAACUUAUAGAGGAGGGAGUGUGGGUUGUAUUCCACGCAAUAACUGCUUCAACUGUGGGAAGCCAGGUCAUAGGGCAUAUGAGUGUCGGGUGCCAAGAGUAUUAACAUGUUUCAAUUGUCAAGAGAAAGGACAAAAAGCCCCUGAAUGCCCCAAGAACAAGAAAGGCAUAACAGAAUUUGGAGGGAGCGCUAGCAAACUUAAGGUAACAGGAAGGGUGUUUGCCUUGAGUGGUGCUGAAGCUACUCAGUCCAAAGACUUAAUCCAGGAUGUCUUCUAUGAUAUUUCUAGCUUACCACCUAAAAGAGAAGUAGAGUUUUCCAUAGACUUAGUACCAGGAACAUGA